AUGGACCACGGGUUUGUCGGUAAAAGCUGUAAUACAAAUUUGUAAAUUUCUGCGUCUGUAGCCUCACAAAGUUUCACACCUGAGUCGGCCCGAGUGUUGAAACUGCUACUUCGCCUUACUGGGAUUACCAAGCUUUUAAGCCUCAACUGUCUGACGGGCAAAGUGUUCGUUUCACCACCUACAUUUACAUAAAAAGGGAAAUCAUUACCCUACGCCUUCCUCGUCCGUACCCUCGGGCAUGUACGAGGAGGAUCUCAUCACACAGAGGGCCAGGGCCUUUCCCCUGGGACACGGACUCAUGCCUACUCCUCAGGCUUUCUCUUUUGGAUUCCCCGUCCAUCCAGCCCACGAUCCCAUGGGACUCCAAGGCCAGAGUCAACAGUUUGGAGGAUACCCGCCUCUCUCCUCUCACGUGGACCACAAACGUAUGCUCGGGGGCCCUGGCCAGGGAGACGCCACCGACAAAAACAUCAAGAUUAAUCUGGAAAAUAGUGAUCUAUGGUCCAAGUUCCACAGCAUCGGCACGGAGAUGAUCAUCACCAAGACAGGAAGACGUAUGUUUCCCACAUUGAAGGUCAGUCUUGAAGGUCUUGACCCUCACUCAAAGUACAUCCUUUUGGUUGAUAUUGUUCCGGUGGACGACUGUCGCUACAAAUACCAUAACUCAGAAUGGGUGGUUACCGGAAAAGCAGAGCCGCACAUGCCCGGAAGAUUGUACAUCCACCCAGACUCACCCGCUUCCGGUUCCCACUGGAUGAAACAGCCACUGAAUUUCCAUAAACUCAAAUUAACCAACAACAACUUAGAUCAGAAUGGACAUAUUAUCCUGAACUCGAUGCACAAAUACCAGUCCCGUAUACACGUGGUCCAGGCAAACGACAUAUUUACCAUGAGGUGGAAUUCCUUCAACACAUAUGCAUUCGAUGAAACCAGCUUUAUCGCUGUCACCGCCUACCAAAACGAACAGAUCACACAACUGAAGAUUGACAACAAUCCAUUUGCUAAGGGUUUCCGGGACAACGGAAUGGGCCGAAGGUACAACAUGGACCACCGGUUAAGUCUGAAGCGGCCAGCCGACGAUGAAAACGUGUCUGACAUAGGAAAAGAAUCGAACUUUGCCAAAAAGAUGAAAACGGAUGAUGAACUGAGCGACAGAAACUCCAGCUUGAACUCCUCAAAUCGCAUCAAAUCUGAAGACGAAAAUGACCCAGUUUCUGAUCACUCCGACGACGUUCACAAUGAUACAGCAGAAACUGAACUUCCAUCGUGUCAAAUUGGCAGCAAAUCUUCAUCAGGAAUAUCUCCCGUCGCUCCUUCCCUCAGCAAGACUACCAGCCCCACCCAGCACAGUGCUUCGAAUCAGCCGUCUAACCAGUGUCAGUACCUCGGCGUCGGCUCCAAGUCCUACAGCAGCCAGUGUAUGGGAAGUGAACAGGUGUAUUAUCCUCACCAUACCUCCGUCAACAGAGGUUCCGCUAGCUCCUUCCUCCCUGUGUCAACCACAUCGAGCCUCCUCCAGCCAGUCGGUUCCUCCAAUCUUCAUGCCGUCAGUCCACAGAUGCAGGCAUGUCGCCUGUCUGGUCCGAGCAGCGACUGUGCCCUGAGACAGUCGUCAAGUCACCUGUCGUCAGGUUCCCAUGGAUAUGGAAUCCGAACAUCGCCACCACAACACCCUUCGUUACCAUCUUGUACCUACAUGCAGCCCUCACAAGCCUACACAUCACACCUCUCGCCAAACGUGCACAUGAUGAACAUGAACUUUCCUGGUCCAAUGGCAUGAGGUUGAUUUAAAGAAUGAUUAUUGUUGUACAUUUGGUAACCUAUACCGAGCCCCUCUGCGUCCUUCGACACUGCCUAGUGAAUUAGGUCAUUGUUGGAAGGAACCUUGUGAGAUAUUUCAUUUGGACAUAAUGAUGCCAAAGUCAUUCCCCAUGUUGUGUCUAGCAGUGUGUACCAAUGAAUUACAAUGUGUGUUCAUAUACUUCACGUGUUUGUGGUACCACGUGACCACCCGUGACGCGACCGGAAACUAUCUAAGUUCCUUUGGCCCUAAAGGACUCAGCUGAUCUCUAUUUAGUGGUCAGUGUGCUGGGCUGGCCGAGGACGACUGAGAGGUGCAAGGCUUUAAUGGUGACAGUGACACGUGUGAUAUGAGACCAAGAGAUUUGUUGUGAUUCAGUUGUAUGUAUGGACUUCACUCAUUUAUAUGUCUCAGUAUUGUUUUUUUGUUAUAGAAACCUCAUACUUAUUUGUUCGAUGCAUGUGUCAAAAUUCUACAGUUUCACGACCUGAACCGGAAACGGAAACGGAAACUCCUAUAAAUAUGGUAUAUGUAUUAUAUAUUAAUAUAUAUACACACAAAGUUGCGUGCGCAAUCAAAUCAUUCCGCUUAGGUUCCUGUUGAAAGUGUAUUUGUUUGAUGACUAUUGAUAUGGUGCUAUACAAUGUUGCUGUCUUGUCAUUGGUACUUUAAACAUGCAUCACAAUAUCACUCUUAUUUUAUUAAAUUAUUUAAAAGUGAAA